AUGGACACGGAUGCAUUGGAAGAGUCUGAGGGUGCGACAGGCAGCACUACCAAUUCCCUCGGGGGUACGCGCCACGCAGACGCCCUGGCCGUCCACGCCGUGGAGCGGGGACCGCGCCGGCUGUGGCUCGUGAGGGUGCCCAAGCCCCCAGAGGUCACCGCCCUGGCUGCCCUCGAGCAGGAGCUGGCUGCCUACACGCAGCAAGUCAAGCUCCUGAAUGAAAGCGCCUCGGUGAAGAAGGUUGCACGGGAUGACGCGCGUAAGGACACGCAGGCGGCGCGCGAGGCGUACCGGCUGUGCCGCGACGCGUACAAUGCGUGCAUGGAGGUGGUGACGCCCCUGCGCGAGGCGGCGCGCGGCUCUGCUGGCGCCGGCCCCCGCCGCCUUCGCGAGUCGUACCCCGAGCUGGAGGUGUGGAGCGUGGCGGAGCUGGACGAGCGGCUGGCGGGGAUGGAGUACCGCCUGCAGCACGAGUCGGUCCCGCUGGCGGAGGAGAAGCGGCUGGUGGCGGGGCUGAAGCGCCUGGCGGGCCAGCGCGCGCGCGCGGAGGAGGAGGCGCGCGCGCUACGCGAGGAGCGCGCCGCGCAGAAGGAGGUGCUGGACGGCUUCUGGGAGGCGGAGCGCGCCGUGGACGCGGAGGUGGAGGCCAUCCUGGCCGAGCGCAGGCGCCUGAAGGAGCUGCAGGACGAGGCGUACGCGCGCGUGUCGGAGGUGCGUCGCGCGCACCGCGAGCGCAAGGACGCCUACUACUCCAGCCGGCGGCACAGCACGGGCGUGCGCGCGCUGCUGCGCGAGCCAGGCGGGGUCGAGAAGGCGAGGGCCAUGUGCGGGGAGCAGGUGGACCGCCAGCUGGCCGUCCUGCGCGACAACGACGACUACAGAGCAGAGUACCUCACGCUGAUCGAGCAGCAGCGCGGGCGGCCCAGCACGUGGGAGGAGGGGGAGGAGGCGGGCAACGGCGCCAGGCGCGGCCACAGCCGGCAGCCGUCGCUGCCGCUGACCGAGGAGGAGACCAAGGAGCGGGCCCAGGGGACCAUCGCAGCGGUGCUGGAGCAGGCGCGGUCCAGGGCGCCGCGCGCGGAGCCGGCGCACCCCGAGCCGGAGCGUGCGGCGCCCGAGCCGGAGUCUGCGUUCGAGCUGCCGGCGGCCGUGGCGGCCAGGGCGCGCUGCGAGACGGCGGCCGCCGAGGCCGACCGCGCCGCGGAGGCGGAGCGACAGCGUGCGUGCGUGCCUGGGUGUGGGCGGUGGGCGUGGCGCUUGGGCUUGCAGGGCCUCGUCCGGUGGUGGAUCGGCGCCGCGGCCCGCUUCUACCGCGAGAACGAGAUGGCGAUGGUGCUGGCCCUCAUCGGCCUCAUCGUCGCGGCGGUGGCGUACAUGAGCCUCACCGCCGCCUGA